ACAAGAUUUAAGCUAAAGAGAACCUCCCAUUUCAUUUUCCUGAAUAGUUAAACAAUGUGUUUUUAAUAUAUUUGCUUACUGUUUUGUUUUCAUUAUCACAGCCAAUCUGCCAAAAGGUGCUGAGCAAGCUUUAUCUGUCAACAUCUGCUAUAGGUACGUCUUUUUAAUGCUGGCUUUACUUUAAUUGGGACUGUUUAAAAUGGUUUCUCAUGUGAACAUAACAGGAGCAGGGUAUGAAGGUAAAUAUAUUAUGAACUUCUAGGUGUAAAAUUAGUUGAGUUGGAGAAAUUUCCGGUUAGACUGUAUUGACCUACAUUUGAAUUAUUGAAUAAACCCAUUAACUACUUAACUUAUGCCUUAAAGACGAGUUGUAUUCUUUGGAGCCAUUACAAUCUAGUCACUAUGAUAACUUUAAACAAAUAUAUUCGGGGCCAGUUCAAACCUUUAUCUGGAAAUCUAUUCAUAAACAGGGCUAUACAUAGGACACGAGGUCACACAUUUAGGAUGGAAGAAAGGAGAUUUCAUCGAAGUCAAAUAAAAGUUUUUUUUUUUACAGUAAGCACAAUAAGGAUAUGGAAUUCUCUGCCUGAAGAGGUGGUUUUGUCAGAGUCCAUACAGAAAUUGGAUAAAUACUUACAAAAACAUAACAUACAGGGAUAUAAUUUCUAAUUAGUGGGGUAAUAGCUGCUUGAUCCAAGGAGACAUCUGACUGCUAUUUUGGGGUCAAGAAAUAAUUUUUUCCUAGUUUGUGGCAAAAUUGGAAGUUCUUCAGACCAGGGUUUUUGCCUUCUUUUGGAUCAACCGCAACAACAUUUGUGAGGAAGGCAGAACUUGAUAGACGCAAGUAUCUUUUCAGCUAUGUAACUAUGUAACUUAUUUUCCAUAUUUUUUCAAUUAAUUAAAUCAUGUUUUGUCAUCUCGAAAAAUGGAAGCAGGAAUUGUUAAUAUUUUCAUCUCGAGAUUAUGGCAAUUAAAAUUUAUGAAUAAUUUUAUAGACACUAUCUUGAGGCUCACCACUUAAAACGAUUGAAAAUGCAUCUUUAGAACAACACUUUCCACUCUGUUUUUCAUUUGGUUCACAUUCUAAGUAUUAGUAUUCUUUUCCAAUCCCUCCUGUAUAAAUGGCUCACUUUCCUGAAAUAAACUUAAACUCACAUGCUUUGUUUACAGGCAUAUUUUAUGCAUUAAAUUAUAUUUUUGUUUGGUACCCUAGAUCUCGAUAGCAGAUGGUAUAACUCAUUGUAAUUAACAAUUUGUGUACUGUAUGUUGCUAAAAGAGCAUUGUGAAUAACAAGACUCUGGUGAUAAGAAUUUGUAUUUAUUGCCUCGUUUGUGACAUAGACAGACAGACAAAACAUAUGUUAUUUAUACAAUAAUCUGCUGUAUGACUGUAUCAUAGGUUUUUGUAAAAGACAUUAACUAACUGUAUGCCAAAAUAAUAUGGGAACCCUGUUUUAACUUUUACAUAACUCAUAAAAUAUUCUUAAUAUGAAAAACUGAGUGUUUUAUCUAUCCUACAAUUAGAUAUACCAUAAUGGGUGAUAUAAUUACCAGUCUAGAACCCAAGUCCCUUUCAUAUUUCCUUCUGUGCCAUUCAAUAACAUCCUUUUAAAAUAUUUAUUUGUAUAAUUACUUUUUCUAGGCACCUGAAGGAAAUGCCUGCUACAAUGUCCAUUCUAGAUAUAUCUAUGAUGACUGGCUUCUCUCCUGAUGUUAAUUCACUAAACCGGGUGAGUGGGACAGUUUAAUCUAAAACAUAGUAUGAUCCUAUAAAAAAUAAAAAUAAAAUAUAUUCUAUGUAAAAAGUCUGGGUGAUAGACUACUGAGUGUGUCUGGAGGAAAUCUCAUUCUGAAACGGAUUUCAUCUAAUAUAGAAACAUUCUCCAUUCUUACUUAGUUACAUAGUAAUCUAGGUUGAAACAAGACUAAAUUCUAUCAAAUUCAACCUGUAACCCAUACUUGUUUGCUUUUUAUCAAAAAGAAGGCAAGAAACCCAAUUGUAAUCAUUUCCAAUUAUGCUGCAAAAUGGAAAAACAAAUUCUUCUUGACUCCAUAAUGACAAUUAGAUUUCUCGUUGGAUCUACAACCAGUUUACAUACAUUUUAAUAAUAUCCUUUGAAUAUUCAUUUUAUUCAAAUAACAUCCUAGCCUUUUGUUUUAAAAAAUCUGUAGAAUCUGAUGAGACAACCUCGUUAGGUAGAGAAUUACACAUCUUUAUUCUUCUUACUGUAAACGCUUUCCUCUGCUGUAAUUUCUUUUUAAAGCGUGAUUUUCAUUAUUAUUUACAGCUAAUGGAUGGAGUGGACAAAUAUAUCUCACGGUAUGAACUUGACAAAGGAGUCGUGGAUAAGAGCAAUCUUCUUAUCUACCUAAAUGGGGUAAGAAUCCUUUCAUGUCCUCCUUCAUUUUUACACUAUUUCUACAUUUAAUGCUACAUAUCAUUAUACUUAAAUUAUUACAUUUCAUUAAUUAUAUUCUUAAUGUGAAAUAAUCUUAACUUCAUCAUGGAGCAAGGCGUGAUAAACGCCUCUAGCAGUAAGUGGGAAAAAAACUUUGUACUUCUUACUCUGUUUCUAUGUUACAAAACCUUUUGUAAAGUUAUCCUCAGUUUAUCCAGAUCCAGCCUGUAAUAUUAAAGGGAUACUAUAGUGCCAGGAAAACAAAGCCAUGUUCCUGGCACUAUAGGGUAAUAGAUCUCCCCCUCCCUCGCACCCUCCUUCCGCGGGGCUGAAGGGGUUAAAAGUCCUUCAGUCACUUACUUGAAUCCAGCACUGAUGUCCCAUGGCGCUGCAUCAGUCUCCGUCCAUGUUCCUCCCCCACCGACGUCAGCCGGCGGGGGAGUCCUAAUGCGCAUGCUCGACAAUGGCCGCAUGCGCAUUAGACCUCCCCAUAGGAAAGCAUUAUUCAAUGCUUUUCUAUGGGGAAAAUCCAACACUGGAGCUCCGUGAGGAUGUCCAGCAUCAGAUAACGGACCAAAAGUCAGUUUGGAUUCUGGAAGCCCUCUAGUGGCUCUGGAACUGCAAACCUUUACAUUGCAGCACUAAGUGCAAAAGGGUCACAGCACCCAGACUACUUCAAUUAGCUGCAGUGGUCUGGGUGCCUACAGUGUCCCUUUAAUAUAUAUUUAUUUAUCCAACGCCCAACUUAACAAUAUCUCCGACAGCUUAUUUGUACUUGGAUAUCUCUUUUACCAGCCUAGGAUGCAUUCCUUCUUCAAUUUUCUACUAAUUCCCUUGCUAGGAGUGGAUUAAUGUAAGGACAAAUUCAUAAUGUGUGGUUUGGGAGACACAGGUCUCCUCUAUGGUCUUGCUGAGCAUCUUGGGAAACACGAUCCAUAACACAUAAAAAGCUUCCUUGUCUGUGACUCUUCCUAUUUGUGAAGAUGUAAAUUAUGUAAAUUAAAUUGCCAGUUUUAUAAAUACAUGAGCAUAGUUAGGUAUGUGUCUAUAGAGUCUGGUGGCAGAUAUAGGUCCCGCCUAUGAUCUUUUAAGCUCAGAACACGGGAAUGACAGGGGAAAAUAUUUCCAAAUAAGAAUAACUAACAAACAAGCACAUAAAUCUUCACCAGUCUCUUUCUAAUGUUGCCAUAUAACCUGUCUGGUGUGUUGAUAAUCUGUAGAAGGCCUCUGAAUCAUCCCAAUUUAAGCUGAAAAGUCCCAAUUUUUGGGUUCUGUCCUGCCGUCCCGACUUAGUUCCCUGUUGUCCUGCUUUAGAUGCAUUUGCGCUACGUUCAGGGCACUAGCAACCUGCAAAGAGCACUGAAGCAGUCCUCCCGGCAAGGUUUGCCCUCAUUGCACUGGCCUGAAUGAUGGAUAGGCAGCCAGAAUGCAUUCAUGCCAAUAAUUUGGGCGGACCCUGUCACUUUUUAAAGAAGGCCUGUCCACAUUGGGGCUUUGCGGUGAAGCCAGUGAUCAUGUGACUGGCCUUGCCCCUUUCUCCCACUUGCAUCCCUAGUCUCUGGACUCUGGAGUAGGGAGGUAUGUAUAUAGUGCCCAUCACUCCCCUACACAUCUGUCAUCUCAAAUAAAUGUUUUAAAGUACUUUCCCAUUCUAUAUCGCAUGUAAUGACCUUAUUUUCCCUGGCAGUACGUCUUGGUUCUAUCCCUGCCUCUCUGCGUGCUUGAUCCCUACCUCUCUGUGUUUUAUCCCUACAUCGCUAUGCUCUAUCCCUAAUACCCAAGCCCUCUAUUCCUACCUCAAUGUUAUAAAACUAUCACUCUAGGCUCUAUCCAAAUCACUCCAUGUUUUAUUUCUACUUCUCUGUAUGUGAUAUUACUAUGUCUAUCUCUACCAAUCCAUGUUAUAUCCCUACCACUUUGUAUGUGUUAUGCCUAAGUCUAUCACUACCUUUCUGUGUUCUAUCCCUAACUCUACAGAAGUAGUCCCAGAAGAUUGGAAGUUAGCGAAUGUUGUGCCCGUGCACAAGAAAAGUAGAAGGGAGAAGCCAGGCAACUAUAGGCCAGUAAGCCUUACUUCAGUAGUGGGGAAAGUAAUGGAAACCAUGUUAAAGGAUAGUAUUGUUGAACAUCUAAAAUCCCAUGGAUUUCAAGAUCAGAGACAACAUGGGUUUACUUCAGGGAGAUCAUGCCAAACUAAUCUUAUUGAUUUUUUUGAUUGGGUAACUAAAAUUAUAGAUCAGGGUGGUGCAGUAGACAUUGCUUACCUAGAUUUCAGUAAGGCUUUUGACACUGUUGCACAUAGAAGGCUUAUCAAUAAACUGCAAUCUUUAAGUUUGGAUUCCAAUAUUGUUGAAUGGGUAAGGCAGUGGCUGAGUGACAGGCAACAGAGGGUUGUAGUUAAUGUAGUAUACUCGAAGCUUGGACUUGCUACCAGUGGGAUACCUCAGGAAUCUGUACUUAGACCCAUUCUCUUUAAUAUUUUUAUUAGUGAUAUUGCAGAAGGUCUUGAUGGUAAGGUAUGGCUUUUAAGUGAUGAUGUAAGAUAUGUAACAGGGUUGAUGUUCCAGGAGGGAUAAGCCAAAUGUCAAAUGAUUUAGGUAAACUAGAAAAAUGGUCAGAGUUGUGGCAACUGACAUUUAAUGUGGAUAAGUGCUUGGUUGUAUAGGGAGAGGUACAAGCAGUAGAAAGAGGGAAGUGCUCAUGCCAUUGUACAGAACACUGGUGAGACCUCACUUGGAGUAUUGUACGCGGUACUGGAGAUCGUAUCUCCAGAAGGAAAUUGAUACUGUAGAGAAAGUUCAGAGAAGGGCUGCUAAACUGGUCCAUGGAUUGCAGGAUAAAACUUACCAGGAAAGGUUAAAGGAUCUUAACAUGUAUAGCUUGGAGGAAAGACGAGACGGGGAGAUAUGAUAGAAACAUUUAAAUACAUAAAGGGAAUCAACACAGUAAAGGAGGAGACUAUAUUUAAAAGAAGAAAAACUACCACACAAGAGGACAUAGUCUUAAAUUAGAAGGUUUAAAAAUUAUUUUAGGAAGGAUUACUUCACAGAGAUGGUAGUGGAUGCAUGGAUUAACCUUCCAGCUGAAGUGGUAGAGAUUACCACAGUGAAGGAGUUUAAGCAUGCGUGAGACAGGCAUAAGGCUAUCCUAGACUUAAGUUAAGGCCAGGGACUAAUGAAAGUAUUUAGAAAAUUGGGCAGACUAGAUGGGCCGAAUGGUUCUUAUCUGCCGUCACAUUCUAUGUUUCUCUCUGUGUUUUAUCUCCAUCUCUCUACAUCUGUGUUCUCUCCAACUAGGUCUCACGCACGGAAGAUACUUGCAUUAAGAUUACACUCUUUCAACACUUUAAAGUUGGACUCAUCCAGCCUGGAUCUGUUACUCUGUAUGACUACUACAAUCCCAGUAAGUAGCCCUAUAGAGAGCUGUAUGAUAUUCAACUCACAGAGUGCUUUAGCUGUUGACACAAGUCUGUUUCACCCUUUCGUAUCACCUUACAGAAAGUCGUUGCACUAAGUUCUACCAUGUUAAUGAAGACAGCAAACUCCUUGGGAAGAUCUGUAAGGGCGAGGAGUGCCGCUGUGCUGAGGGUAAGGCAGAGCUUCGUGUAGUUAAACAUGUAAAGAUAAAUAAGAUUGGAAUUUGUUAUGUGUGGAAAAAUGGAAUGAUACAGGUAAUAUGUAGUUAUUAGAGGGGUCAUACGGAGAGGCUUUGUGAAGAUUUAUAGGGAAAAAAUGUAUAUCUAUGUACACACUAUAUAUGUAUAUAAUCUCAGUGAUUGAGACGAUAGCCAAUAAGGGCAUGUAUUCAUAAAAGGAAAUUUGGUUGAGAUAACAUGAUAUUUGAGUUCGCCUGUUUAAGAGGUUCCACUUAGGAAAGCAUUAGUCUGGAAGGAGUGAAUAGUUUAAGGGAGAGGUAUGAGAGAUCAAUAGACCCAAUUGGUAGAGAUCAAUGUAUCCUGAUUUAACAUCCAAGUGGGUAUAAAUAGUAAAAAAAAAAAAAUUUAGUUUCAUCUGAGCAGACUUUCAUCCAUUUGUUUAUAUUUUUGGGGACAAAAUGCACCCGUUCUCUCCGUUUUGGAAUUUGUCCACUCUAGACCCCACUCAUUGGAAGCAGGUGAGGGCCCUAAAUAAUAAAGUGGGGGUGACCUAUUGUCCCCCACCCACCAAACGUUUAAAACAAAAAGGACCCGACUGCAAAAAAAAAUAAAAAAUGCGGAAAAUAAAAAUCCAGAUGAAAAAAUAAUAAAUAUUGCUGGGCGGGCAUAGCCUUUAAAAGCUUUCCAACAUUUCCCAAUUUGCUCUGACAGAUAAAUCUUAAGACUUACCACCCUGCAAGCUCUGUCUGUCUGGAGCUCUCGUGGGGUGAAGAUGGUUUAUUUUUUCAUCAAAAGUGGGGAAUUAUUUUUAUGAAUAACUCCCACCCACAAUGACAAUAACAAUAGAUUUUCCCUCACUUUAUUAUUUAGGGCCCUCAUCUGCCACCAAUGGGUCCAUCCCCCACUUUAUUAUAUGGGACUCCAUUGCUUUAUUAAAUGUGACUCCACCUGCUGCCAAUAGGUGGGAUAUUGCGGGGACAAUUGGUAACUUCUCAUUUUAUUAUUUAGGGCCCUCACCUGCUGACAAUGAGUUAGAGCAGGUGGAUACUGUGUUCCCCUGUUAUUAUGUUAACUAUCCCCCACCUGUGACAAUGGGUAAGGGUAGGAGAGGUACACUAGGUCCCCUCUUUUUACCUUAAUAGUCCCCACUCAGGGCACAUGGUUGGCGACACAAGGUCCCCAGUUAUUAUUUAAAUAGGGACAUCACCAUGGAGGCAUGAGGAACCUGUGCCAGGUCCUCUUUAUUGUAUUGGCAAUAGAAAUAGCAACUGCACUCUAUAACAGCGUACAGACACCUUCUCAUGGCACAGUGGGCAGGCACAGACAGGAGGGAGGACUUAAUCACCCUUUUACUAACAUGGGGUCAUAUUGACCUGUAUAGUGUAAAAGGGGGGAGCAUGGGUUAAUUUAGGAAGCAGCUAUGAGCAUAGCUCCUGUUUUUAUUUUUAGAUAUUACAAGGAGGAAGCUGUGAGCUGGUAGUUCCCUCCUUGUACUAAACUAAAUGAAUGAAGAAUGAACUGCAGGAUAAAAUUUCGUCCAACAAGCAAUUCGGUCUUCGUUUCAUUUGUUGUAAUAUCUAUUUGUUAAUUUGUCUAUCGUACAAAUCUAUAGAUAACCAUUUUGGCUUUCAAUUUAAAAUUCCCUUUGAAUUCCUGACAGUUCUCACUUUAGUAAAUAAUUGUGUAAAUAUAUAUCUUUUAGAAGCACUGUUACUGUGCUUCUUGAGAUAUCAACAGCUUCCACUACAGUUAACGCGUUAAUGCCAUCAGGGCGUGCUAUGCCAGCCUAGAAAAGCAAAAGAUCUCGCCUUCCUGGGAGCCCGGAUACUUACAAUGAUCCCACUCAGGGGGUUUAGCUGACAAUUGAGGCAGUCACCCUGUUACAAAUUUGUCCCAUCCAAACCAUGUGAUUGUGAUGACAUUGCAAUCACAUGAAUGAGUCGGCAGAUAACAUCACAGCCUGCAGGGGACUGUCUGGGCUGUCAGGCAGAUCCUCCAACAUGUAAAUAAUAAUAAAACAAUAGAUUAUGUAUAAAUACACACUAAGAAUAGCAAUAUAUACAUAUGUGGGUGUGGGUGAGGGUCGGUGUGGGUGGGGGUGUGUGGGGGUGUGUAUAUGUAUAUGUGUGUAUAUAUUAUGUGUGUGUAUAUAUAUAUGUAUGUGUGUGUGUGUAUAUAUAUAUGUGUAUAUAUUGACAUAUAUACACAGACACACACAGUCAUGGAAAAAAGCAAGUACACCAUCUUUGAAUUCUAUGGAUUUACAUAUCAGGACAUAAUAACAAUAAUCUGUUCAUUAGCAGGUCUUAAAAAUAAGUAAAUGCAACCUCAGAUGAAAACCAACACAUGACAUAUUACAUGGUUUCAUGAUUUAUUUAACAAAAAUAAAACAAAAAUGGCGAAGCCAUGUGUGAAAGUACAUCCUUACUUCUUCCAUGGGAAUUAAGAAACUAAGUAGCAGACAGGUUCUGCAAAUAAAGGCCCUUGAUUAAUUGUUCAUCAGCAGGUGUGCCCACUUCUAUAAAAGCCAUAGUUUUAGCUGUUUGCUGGUCUGGAGCAUUCAGGUGUGUGUUAACAGUGCCAAAGAAGAAAGACAGGCAUUGAUCUUAAAAAAGCAGUUGUUGCUGCCCAUCAAAUAGCAAAUUUAAAUGUGUAGAAACGGAAAAGGGGAAGCUCUUUGUUUGACCCUUUAAUUUUCCAAAACACCAUGAAUCCUUACAUGGGGGCAUCAUUGUAGUUGUUAUACAUUACGGCAUACAAAUACAUAUUUUUUUAUUGAAGUAAAAACUAACAGUAUUAUGACAUUCACAGCUGUCAAUCAAACAGCCACUAGAGGCACUUCCUGGAUGCUAAUGGACUUUAGGCACCCUAAGUGAUGCUGGGCAUCCUCAUGCCCAGCAUCAGGGAAAUGCCCAAAGAAAAGCAUUGAGGCAAUGUUUUCCUAUAGGGAGGGCUCACACAUCUGAUAACAACAGAGGAGCACCAACCCAGCACGGAGGGACAUUGACGUUGGAAUAGGGUAAGUAAAUAAAGGGUUUUUUAAUGCUUUACAUGAUGGGUGGGCUGCAAGGGAGGUGGGGACCAGAAGGCACUAUAGAGUCAGGAAUACAGAUUUGUAUUCCUAACACUAUAGAAUCCCUUUAAAGGUUAUGGAUAAUGAAUAGUAGCGCUAGUGAGUCAGCUGGGUUGUUUUUUUGCUUGUUUUCUGGAGCCAGAACUUAUUAUAUCCAAACAUAGUCUAAAAGGCAAUUGAACUGUCUGACAGUUAGAAUUCUGAACCAGGUGCCUGGGUACUUCUUAUUACUGUUUUAAUGGACUUAUUAAAUAUGACCUCUGACCUCUCUCCCUCUGGACUGUAGGUAAUUGUGUUAGGCAGCAGAAGGGGACAGAGGAGAUCACAGCCCUUUACCGAUACGAACAAGCAUGUGCUGUUGGUGUGGACUAUGGUAACUGCUUUUCUUUUGAGUAGAUAUAUUGUAUUAUUAUAAUGGAUAAUGUGACACAGUUUGCUUGUAUACACUCAACUAGAUAAUUAUUAUUUUUAAGUAAAGUGAUGACAUUUGUUUCAAAGAUAUUAAUUUACAAACAUUCCUGCUAUCUCAAGCAGCACAGGAUUAUUCUAAAAACAUAACGAACCCAGCUGUCAAAAACUCACAAGGAAUACAAAAUGUCACCACCGUGCUAUUAUUUAACAUAUUACAAUAGUUGCUUUGUGCCCACACAUGGAUCAAUAAUGGAUCAAUAAGGAUUGAUCAAUAAUGUAAGCUGCGUACUUGGAAACAUUGUGUUAAAAUGUAUGUAUGCUUAGUCUUCAACAAAGUAUGGUGUAUCUCUCAUGAAGUAAUCCUCCAGAGACAGCUGUAAUAAAUAACGGCGAUAGGACCAGCCAUUCGUAAAGUCAGGAAUGCCCAACAGGUAGAUCCCCAGAGGUUUUAGAACUAAAACUCCCAUGAUGCUUUGCAUGCCUCUAGAAUGCAUUUAGAAUGACAAAGCAUCAUGAGAGUUGGGGUUCUAAAACAUCUGGGGAUCUACCUGUUGGACAGCCCUGCUUAAAGUGAUAAUUUAUUCCCUGCUUUUUAAACUCAUAGUAUCAUGUUCAGGAUUAUGUUGCACUGAAUCUUUUUAAUAUUUUUAUCAUUUUUGUCAGAAAUGCUGGCUACCAGUGUAAUUUUAUUAUAUGUUUUACAUAUUUUUUAGCCCUUUGUCCUCUUGUUGGGAGUCCACCCUCUAAUCUCGGCACCUAAACUUCUUCAGCCUCAUCAUAGCUUCCUCUCUGUUUAGGGUGAGAUAGUUACAUGACCCUGUGGGAUCAGGGUUCCCGAACAUCCCCUGCAUAGAGAACCAUGAUAAUAAAUAACGUGAACAAAUCUUUAAAUAUUGAAACAUCUGCUUUCAAAAAACAUCUUCCUGAUAGCAUAUUAGAUGGUUCCUAUAUUUUAAACGAGUUAGAAGUUCAUCUAAAUAACCACCAAUACAGAUAGAUAGCAAAGUCUAAUAUGACAAUAUUCCGAUAAAAAGUCAAAAUACCAGACUCUUCACUUUAAUUUUAGGACAUGUAGAAGAAAGGAUGAAAUCAUGUGCAGAGCUUCCACAUAAAAGCACACAUUUCAGAGCAAGUUACAUAUACAGGAUAAACAAUAAGUUAAAGUAAAUCAGCACAAUGGUAGGAGUUGCAGACACGAUAUGGUCCCAGUUGUACUGUCCACAUAAAUCAGAGAUAACUCCUUUCUCUAUCAAUAGUGCACAACACAUGAAUACUAAAUCAAGCAAUUAAAUCUAUAAAAUAAAAUAAACAUAUAAAGAUCUAACAGCCCUACGUGUUUUAUUUAAUUACAUGAACUUCCUCAGGGACAAGUCAAUUUGCAUCUCUGUUGGGAAAGCAGUAUGUUCUCCAGUUUGUAUUUUGAUGGUAUUUAAAGCCAUUAGGGUACUCUUGCAGGCUGCCAUCAGCCAAACCGCUCGGAAUCUCUUCACCUAUAAGCAAUUUCCUUCAACCGCGAUUCAAGCCUUUUUCUCAUUUUGCAUUACUAGUCACAUGUGCUUUCAUGUUCGCUUUCAUGUCUUCGCUUCUGCAUUCCAAAGAAUUGGAACCCUUAAUUCUAACCAUCCUUAGACUCAUAGAUACAUGAAAUACAGAACAUUUUGGUAAAUCAGGCAUUUGGUCAAUAAAGUAUAUGUAAUACAUCUCAUGCACAUACAAAAAGGUCCACAUUGUUGGAGUAUAGAUUAUUCUAAUGUCGUUGAGAAGAAAAUAUAUCAAUCUUUUUUAAUUUAUAAAAAAUAUAGCAAAAAUCCAAUAUAUAUAUAUAUAUAUAUAUAUAUAUAUAUAUAUAUAUAUAUCCAAAAUCUGGCACUCUUCCCACAAAAAUUUUUCAACUCAUGCAAAAUUUACCAGGGUGCUUCUCUGUGUACAUAUAUAAACCAGAAAAAAUGAGAGCACUCACUGGAUUUAGCCAAAAAAACUUAUAUUAAAUAGUGAACAAACAAAUCAACUUUUCGACAGUCUUGCAGUCUUUAUCAAGAUCUUGAUAAAGACCGCGAGACGGUCGAAACGUUGAUUUGUUUGUUCACUAUUUAAUAUAUGUUUUUUGAGCUAAAUCCAGUGAGUGCUCUCAUUUUUUCUGGUAUGUAUAUAUAUAUAUAUAUAUAUAUAAUAUUUUAUAUUAUAUAUUUAUAUAUAUAUAUAUAUAAAAAAAAAAAAAUCGGAUUUAGGCACUCACCCUUCAGAAGACUCAUAUGAUUGUUGCCUUUGGUGCUUCCAGCGUCAAAAAAAUUAUACCCAUAGAUAAAUAGGAGCACUCAACAGGACUUCUUUAUCGGUGUUUAUUGUAAAAAAGUUACAUCAAAGUGUAAGACAUCAAAUCGACGUUUCGACCCCUCAGGGUCUUUUUCAAGAUCAAACACAAAGUGAAAUGAAUGCAGUUUAAAUAUGUGUAGGGAACAAAUGACUCACCAAUCUCGUGUGUGCGGCUAGCCGAACCCGGAAGUGUCUCGGCGUCUCACGUGAUGGCUUCAACGUGCGUCAUUACGUGUAACGUGGUUACUAGGUGAUAAGAUGUAAACUGUAACGGAUACAUCUAUCGUGCUUAAUUGCAACUAAUGUGACUAUGUAUAAGCCAAAGUGUUAAGAGAUCUCAUUCUAGAGAUCAAAAAGUGAAUGAUAAAAACAAAGUAAUACUAAAUAGGAAGAUUUACUUGUAAUUCGUACUGGGAAUAUAAAGAUUGAUAUGUCUCUAAGAUAAUGCCUAACAAAGUGCAAUAAAGGGCAAUACAAAGUGCAGUGCAUAAGAAAAUGUAAGUAUUGCAUGUUCAAAAAGAAUCAAAUCGGCAAAAAUCUCUGAGACUAAAUCUAAAGUCAUACUACUAGUAUCUAUGCAGGCUAGAAUACAGUUAGAUAUGCAUAAUGUCAUAAUAAGUAUCUUUACAACUUAAUAACUCUUCGUGUAUACCACAUACUCAAUAUCAGAAGAACAAGAUCAAAUAAAUUUAGUUAAUCAAGUAAACAUAGAAAAUGAUAUAUAUUCAUUGAGUCCUUUCGGGGUAACAGUGUCUAAACGGUGUAUCCAAUAGGUUUCGCGUUGGAGUAACAAUUUCGAUCUAUCCCCUCCUCUAGGGCUAAGUGGAACGUGGUCAAUCGCUAUAAAUCUAAGUGUGGGAAGUCUAUGAUUUGCUUGAAGAAAAUGUUUAGCUACUGGCUUAUCAGAUUUUUGGUCUCUGAAUGCGGUGGUGAUGGUUGAUCUAUGGCCACGGAUGCGUUCCCGGAGAGUCAAAUCAGUCUUUCCCACAUAUGAAAGACCGCAAGGGCACGUAAUUAAAUAUAUCACGUGAUCAGUCAUGCAAGUGAUAUAGUGAAUAAUAGGGAUCCGAACUCCACUAUGUGGAUGAACAAAUGAUGUGCCUAUGUUCAUAUGACUACAGGUUACACAUCCACUACACCUAUAGCAGCCUUUCUUAGUGGGUCCUGUGAUUUUCCGAUAACAUAAAGUGGGAUCACUUCUCACGAGUAAAUCUCUGAGGUUCCUGUUGCGUUUCAGACUGAUAGUGGGUUGUUGACUGAAGAUAGAAGGUAAAUUUUUGUCAGAACCUAAUAUACCCCAGUAUUUAUUAAUAGUCCGUUGAAUUUGUGAAGUGCCAGUGUGAAAGGUUAAGGGUAAAUACAUUUUAGCCAUUGGUGGUGUAUUGCGUACAGCCUCUAAAGGGCUAGCCAUCUGUUUCAAAGCUUUAGCCUUAGCAUUCUCCAAAACCUCGGGACUGUAUCCUCUCAUAAGGAAUCUAUCCGACAUUUCUUGUAAUUGAUUGGCUUGAUUAACGGGAUCACUAUUAUAUCUCAGUACCCGCAUGUACUGGGAUACAGGGAGCGAUUCCUUCAGUUUUUUCGGAUGGUAACUAUUAAACUGAAGUAAUGUAUUUCUUGCAGUGUCUUUGCGAUAUAGGGUGUAUCCCAACGUACCCUUUAUUCCAUCUUUGUAAAUGGACACAUCUAAAAAUUGAAUUGACUGAAAGUCAAAAGUGAGUGUGAGUUUCACAGGAAGCUCCGAGGAAUUGAUCUCUUUAAUCAUUUGUUCUAAAGUAUGCAGUGUUCCUGUCCAAAUUAGAAAGAUGUCGUCCACAAAACGAUGAUAAGUGAGGAUUUGAUCACAGUAUUUUUCUAGAAUAUGUUGAGUUUCAAAAAGGAACAUGUAUGCAUUGGCAUAUGAAGGUGCCAUCGCUGCACCCAUUGAUGUGCCUAUCAGUUGUAAAUAGAACAGAUCUUCGAACUUAAAAUAGUUACAUGUCAAUGCUAUUUGUAAAAGUUCCAUGAGAAAUUCUAUAGGUGGACCGUUAUAUCUGGAUGAAUUGCAAAGAAUCUGUCGCAAUGCUUGUAUACCCUCAGUAUGGGGUAUGAUGGUGUAUAGGUUUUUGACAUCUAAAGUAACCAAAAGAUGUUGACUUUCCACUACAGUUAACUUUUUGAUAUUUGCCAAAAAAUCACUGGUGUCACGCAAACACGUUGAAAGAUCCGUAACUGAAGUUUUAAUAUAAUAAUCAAUGUAUUUGCCAAGAGGCUCCAAUAAACUGUCUCGAGCCGAGACAAUCGGUCUGCCGGGGGGAUUCAACGGAUCUUUGUGGAUUUUUGGUAAUGUAUACAAAACUGGAUGUUUCGGAUAUUCGACAAAUAAAUAUUUAGCUGUAUUUGUGUCAAUAAAACCCAUUUGAAUUCCAGUAGUAAUUAUAGUUUGAAUUUUGUUUUGAAAUUUCUUAACCGGAUCAAAGGUUAAUUUCUGAUAAGUGGUUUUAUCAGAAAGUUGGUUACAAAUUUCUUCUUUGUAUUUAUCAUAAGCCAUCACCACAAUCGCUCCACCUUUGUCGGCGGGUCGAAUGAUAAUGUUGGGGUCAGUCAUCAGGUCUUUUAAGGCAAUCUUCUCAGCUUUAGAGAGAUUCUGUCGAUGAUCGGUAGGAUUUUUUAAUAUCAUCUCUGAUUCGUUUUUCACUGAUUGCAUAAAAGUUUUAAUGGAAAUGUUGGAGGUUUUCUGAUCUCCUUUAUAUUUAAUCUUAAAGGGAUUUUUUAUAAUCUGAGUGGAAGUAUCUACCGUAGUAGGAUUAUCUUUCCAUCGUUCAUAGUUCGUCAAAGUCCGUUGUAUUUUGUAUAGUUCAAUAUCCACUUGAAGUGGAGCUGGUCUGGAAACAGGUACAAAUGUUAACCCUUUAGAGAGCACGGAUGAAUGAUGUUCUGUUAAGAUCUUCUGAGAUAAAUUAAAUAUUAACUUCAUCUCUUUCCCAACGGUGGUUUUCCUUUUGCUCCUCUGUUUCUGGUGUCCCUUCUUUCCUCUCCUGGUGACUGCGUUCUUUUUCCUCCUCUGGUCUGCGUGUUUGACGUACCUGGGGACUCGUAUAGUCGACUGUUUACUUCUAAAAAAGGGCGUUUUUCGUGUGUUAUUCCUUCAUCCUUUGUAUCGGCAUCGGAGGCUGAUUCUCCUGAACUGGUGUCAAUGGUCGAGAAAACAGUUUUUUUAAUGCGAUAUUUAUAUCUUGGAAAAGAUUCUCUGUUAGGAGUUUGAUUGCCACUCAACCACCUAUAUACUUGGUGGCUUUUGUAGUCAUAAUUAACUUUAUCCAAUUUUUGUUUUUUGAAUCUGAUAAGUUCGUUCUUGUAUUUAUUAAUGUCAUCUUGUAAUACAUAGUCACAUUAGUUGCAAUUAAGCACGAUAGAUGUAUCCGUUACAGUUUACAUCUUAUCACCUAGUAACCACGUUACACGUAAUGACGCACGUUGAAGCCAUCACGUGAGACGCCGAGACACUUCCGGGUUCGGCUAGCCGCACACACGAGAUUGGUGAGUCAUUUGUUCCCUACACAUAUUUAAACUGCAUUCAUUUCACUUUGUGUUUGAUCUUGAAAAAGACCCUGAGGGGUCGAAACGUCGAUUUGAUGUCUUACACUUUGAUGUAACUUUUUUACAAUAAACACCGAUAAAGAAGUCCUGUUGAGUGCUCCUAUUUAUCUAUGGGUAUAAUUUUUUUGACGCUGGAAGCACCAAAGGCAACAAUCAUAUGAGUCUUCUGAAGGGUGAGUGCCUAAAUCCGAUUUUUUUUUGUAUAUAUAUGGUGUGCGUCGCACCAUUUUGGGCACCCCCAGAAUUUACAUUUAUUCACUAAAUCGUGCGUUCAGGCACAACUUCAAGCUUGUCAUUAUGGAAGAUUUUUUCAUGAAAGCAGGAGUCUUUGCUGACUCAGCAGAAACUUUAUCUAUUUCUGAAGAUCAGGCUCAAGCUAUUUUAUGGUCCAAAUCAGCCAAAGAUCUUUCGCAUUCUAGCACCAUUAAAGAUCUUUACAAUGAUCUUAUAAAACUCAGAAGAAGGGAGGUAGAUCUAGAUCUACACGGCAUUUUCAUCUCGGAUUAUCACAGAGCGAAGCGGAUCCCCCGUGGAUUCAGAGUUAGAAACUCUCCAACUAUUGGGAGGCAAAAUCCUGACUUUUGUCGCAAAUGGAUGAAUAUUGCCAAUAAAUGUUCCCUCGACUGGAUGGUCAUAGUCGUGGAGGAAGUUGGAAAAGAACUCAUUGGAGUGAAGCAGACUAUCCAAGAGAUAGAGAACAUCAAUGUGGAUUUACUACACUCGUCUGCAGCCACUGAACACAUGUUAAAAUUACAAGAUGACAUUAAUAAAUACAAGAACGAACUUAUCAGAUUCAAAAAACAAAAAUUGGAUAAAGUUAAUUAUGACUACAAAAGCCACCAAGUAUAUAGGUGGUUGAGUGGCAAUCAAACUCCUAACAGAGAAUCUUUUCCAAGAUAUAAAUAUCGCAUUAAAAAAACUGUUUUCUCGACCAUUGACACCAGUUCAGGAGAAUCAGCCUCCGAUGCCGAUACAAAGGAUGAAGGAAUAACACACGAAAAACGCCCUUUUUUAGAAGUAAACAGUCGACUAUACGAGUCCCCAGGUACGUCAAACACGCAGACCAGAGGAGGAAAAAGAACGCAGUCACCAGGAGAGGAAAGAAGGGACACCAGAAACAGAGGAGCAAAAGGAAAACCACCGUUGGGGAAGAGAUGAAGUUAAUAUUUCAUUUAUCUCAGAAGAUCUUAACAGAACAUCAUUCAUCCGUGCUCUCUAAAGGGUUAACAUUUGUACCUGUUUCCAGACCAGCUCCACUUCAAGUGGAUAUUGAACUAUACAAAAUACAACGGACUUUGACGAACUAUGAACGAUGGAAAGAUAAUCCUACUACGGUAGAUACUUCCACUCAGAUUAUAAAAAAUCCCUUUAAGAUUAAAUAUAAAGGAGAUCAGAAAACCUCCAACAUUUCCAUUAAAACUUUUAUGCAAUCAGUGAAAAACGAAUCAGAGAUGAUAUAAAAAAAUCCUACCGAUCAUCGACAGAAUCUCUCUAAAGCUGAGAAGAUUGCCUUAAAAGACCUGAUGACUGACCCCAACAUUAUCAUUCGACCCGCCGACAAAGGUGGAGCGAUUGUGGUGAUGGCUUAUGAUAAAUACAAAGAAGAAAUUUGUAACCAACUUUCUGAUAAAACCACUUAUCAGAAAUUAACCUUUGAUCCGGUUAAGAAAUUUCAAAACAAAAUUCAAACUAUAAUUACUACUGGAAUUCAAAUGGGUUUUAUUGACACAAAUACAGCUAAAUAUUUAUUUGUCGAAUAUCCGAAACAUCCAGUUUUGUAUACAUUACCAAAAAUCCACAAAGAUCCGUUGAAUCCCCCCGGCAGACCGAUUGUCUCGGCUCGAGACAGUUUAUUGGAGCCUCUUGGCAAAUACAUUGAUUAUUAUAUUAAAACUUCAGUUAUGGAUCUUUCAACGUGUUUGCGUGACACCAGUGAUUUUUUGGCAAAUAUCAAAAAGUUAACUGUAGUGGAAAGUCAACAUCUUUUGGUUACUUUAGAUGUCAAAAACCUAUACACCAUCAUACCCCAUACUGAGGGUAUACAAGCAUUGCGACAGAUUCUUUGCAAUUCAUCCAGAUAUAACGGUCCACCUAUAGAAUUUCUCAUGGAACUUUUACAAAUAGCAUUGACAUGUAACUAUUUUAAGUUCGAAGAUCUGUUCUAUUUACAACUGAUAGGCACAUCAAUGGGUGCAGCGAUGGCACCUUCAUAUGCCAAUGCAUACAUGUUCCUUUUUGAAACUCAACAUAUUCUAGAAAAAUACUGUGAUCAAAUCCUCACUUAUCAUCGUUUUGUGGACGACAUCUUUCUAAUUUGGACAGGAACACCGCAUACUUUAGAACAAAUGAUUAAAGAGAUCAAUUCCUCGGAGCUUCCUGUGAAACUCACACUCACUUUUGACUUUCAGUCAAUUCAAUUUUUAGAUGUGUCCAUUUACAAAGAUGGAAUAAAGGGUACGUUGGGAUACACCCUAUAUCGCAAAGACACUGCAAGAAAUACAUUACUUCAGUUUAAUAGUUACCAUCCGAAAAAACUGAAGGAAUCGCUCCCUGUAUCCCAGUACAUGCGGGUACUGAGAUAUAAUAGUGAUCCCGUUAAUCAAGCCAAUCAAUUACAAGAAAUGUCGGAUAGAUUCCUUAUGAGAGGAUACAGUCCCGAGGUUUUGGAGAAUGCUAAGGCUAAAGCUUUGAAACAGAUGGCUAGCCCUUUAGAGGCUGUACGCAAUACACCACCAAUGGCUAAAAUGUAUUUACCCUUAACCUUUCACACUGGCACUUCACAAAUUCAACGGACUAUUAAUAAAUACUGGGGUAUAUUAGGUUCUGACAAAAAUUUACCUUCUAUCUUCAGUCAACAACCCACUAUCAGUCUGAAACGCAACAGGAACCUCAGAGAUUUACUCGUGAGAAGUGAUCCCACUUUAUGUUAUCGGAAAAUCACAGGACCCACUAAGAAAGGCUGCUAUAGGUGUAGUGGAUGUGUAACCUGUAGUCAUAUGAACAUAGGCACAUCAUUUGUUCAUCCACAUAGUGGAGUUCGGAUCCCUAUUAUUCACUAUAUCACUUGCAUGACUGAUCACGUGAUAUAUUUAAUUACGUGCCCUUGCGGUCUUUCAUAUGUGGGAAAUACUGAUUUGACUCUCCGGGAACGCAUCCGUGGCCAUAGAUCAACCAUCACCACCGCAUUCAGAGACCAAAAAUCUGAUAAGCCAGUAGCUAAACAUUUUCUUCAAGCAAAUCAUAGACUUCCCACACUUAGAUUUAUAGCGAUUGACCACGUUCCACUUAGCCCUAGAGGAGGGGAUAGAUCGAAAUUGUUACUCCAACGCGAAACCUAUUGGAUACACCGUUUAGACACUGUUACCCCGAAAGGACUCAAUGAAUAUAUAUCAUUUUCUAUGUUUACUUGAUUAACUAAAUUUAUUUGAUCUUGUUCUUCUGAUAUUGAGUAUGUGGUAUACACGAAGAGUUAUUAAGUUGUAAAGAUACUUAUUAUGACAUUAUGCAUAUCUAACUGUAUUCUAGCCUGCAUAGAUACUAGUAGUAUGACUUUAGAUUUAGUCUCAGAGAUUUUUGCCGAUUUGAUUCUUUUUGAACAUGCAAUACUUACAUUUUCUUAUGCACUGCACUUUGUAUUGCCCUUUAUUGCACUUUGUUAGGCAUUAUCUUAGAGACAUAUCAAUCUUUAUAUUCCCAGUACGAAUUACAAGUAAAUCUUCCUAUUUAGUAUUACUUUGUUUUUAUCAUUCACUUUUUGAUCUCUAGAAUGAGAUCUCUUAACACUUUGGCUUAUACAUAGUCACAUUAGUUGCAAUUAAGCACGAUAGAUGUAUCCGUUACAGUUUACAUCUUAUCACCUAGUAACCACGUUACACGUAAUGACGCACGUUGAAGCCAUCACGUGAGACGCCGAGACACUUCCGGGUUCGGCUAGCCGCACACACGAGAUUGGUGAGUCAUUUGUUCCCUACACAUAUUUAAACUGCAUUCAUUUCACUUUGUGUUUGAUCUUGAAAAAGACCCUGAGGGGUCGAAACGUCGAUUUGAUGUCUUACACUUUGAUGUAACUUUUUUACAAUAAACACCGAUAAAGAAGUCCUGUUGAGUGCUCCUAUUUAUCUAUGGGUAUAUAUAUAUAUAUAUAUAUAUAUAUAUAUAUAUAUUUUAUAUUAUAUAUAUAUAUAUAUAUAUAUAUAUAUAUAUAUAUAUAUAUAUAUAUAAAAAAAGUCCAAAUAUCAGAAAAUGCUGAAAUAGUUUCUUAAAAAAAAAAAAAAACACCAUAUUAACAAAAACACCAAUAAUUCAUUCUAAUAUAUUACUCUUUCUGGAGAAUGUGAAACAUGAGAAGAACCUCCAGUCAGGAAGUAGAAUAUCUAGCCAGGUCAAAGAAGUAUCGCAAAUAAAUCCCACAAACAUAAUUCCAUCAUAACACCCUUCCGUUCAUAACAGGGACGUUUUUGACACAAAGAUCCUAGAGGAUCUUACCAACAGGUUUAAUCCAGUGUGUGAGUUGUAUAGCCAAGGAAAGGGAAGGAGAAUAAGUGGCCUGACAACAGUCAGAAACAUAGAUUAUGAUUAAUUUAGAGAAGAAAGAUUACAAAUCUAUUUCUAAUGUUAUUUCAUCUGCACAGAAAAAACAUUUUUCAUAAAAGUCUGAAAUGUAAUCCCAAAUAUUUCGAGAUCCUCAAAAAUCUUUGAGAAUUUUUUUUAUAAAGAAAGAAAAAGGAUAUAAUAACAUCAUUAAUUACAAUAUAGAUCCCCUUCAGAGAUUUAAACUAAAAUCGACAAGUCAUUUUGAAGUGGUCAGCAGAAUGCUCAUUAGAGAUUUUGAGAGAUUGGGUAAGAGUUUUAACAAAAAAAGUUUGAAAAAAAAAACUACAAAUUAAUCUGAAUAUGGUUUUAACAAAGAUUUUAAAUGUUUAACUGAUGACAAAAAGAAGGGUAUAAAAAAAUUAUAAAAUCUAUUACUUCCUAUUGUUAGAAUUUCCCAAGAUACCAACUUUUUAUUUAUUGCCUAAGUUACACAAAUCUAAAGAGAAACCACCCAGAGGACUAAUAAUUAGUGGUAUUGAUUCCCUUACUACAAACUAUCAUAAUUUAUAGAUUGUUAUUUUACAAAAAUACAUACAGAUUAUCUACUUGAAAGAUAUCAAGCACCUUAUUCAAGAACCAGUCAAUAGAAUGGAAGGGAAAUAUUAUGUGAGCAACUUUAGAUGUUACCGCUUUAAACACUAUUAUUGAUACUAAACUAGGAAUAGAGGCAGCGAAAGCAAGUCAUGAAAUGGAUAAAGAUAUUGAUCCCUUUUUAGUGAAUUUUUACUCUAUCAAGUCUAGAAAUUUUAUCUUUACUGACAUUUUUUCUAGUAUUAAUGAAAACAUUUUUCUACAAAUAAAAGGUAAUGCAAUGGGCACCAUGUUCGCUCCAAGUUACACUGUUAUUUUUAUGGAUUACUAGGAAAGAUCCAGUAUAUGGAAUAAUAAUCCAUAUGGUGCAAACUUGGCACUUUGUAGAUGAUACAUUGAUGACAUUUUAAUAGUUUGGCAUUGUCCUGUAAAUAUUUUAAAUAAUUUUAUUGAACAUAUUGACUGCAACUCCUUAUUUAUAAUUUUUUUAACCAUAGGAUUGAAAAGAAUAAGAUUGAUUUUCUAGGUCUAAUGUUGUAUAAAAAAAAAUUAUUAUAAACCAACGGACACAAAUUGUUUUAUUUAUGCUUAUAGUGGACAUCAUCCUAAAUGGUUAGCUGGGGUUCAAAAAAGACAAUAGAUCAGAAUUCACAGAAAUUGCACUGACAAAGAUUAGUAUUUAAAACAAGCAGAUGUUUUAAAAGAAAAUUUUUUAGAAAAAGGCUGUCCAAAAAGCUUUUUAGAAACAGUAGUUUUUAAAAUUGGCAAUACGAACAUAAAUUAAUUUCUUCUAAAUAGACAGAAUGAAGGACACAAAAAAUUUAAGUUUUGAAUAUGCUUUUAAUACCCAAUUUCAUUCAAAAGCAUUUGAUAUUCACUAGAUAAUCAAAAAAUACUGGUAAUUUCUCCUAGAGUAUGAGUUUUUGAAAAACUAAACUAUCUUGGGUUGCUCAAGCAUUUUUUUUUUUUUAGAAAAGGGGCAAGUUUUAAAAAUCUUUCCACAGUGAGAAAGUCGUACCAAAAAAUAAAAUAAAAAGAGAGAGGGCUUUUUUACAUGUGGACAGUGCAAGGAUUGUAAUAUCUCCCUAAAGCUACCCGGGAAUUUACAAGUACUUAAAUCCAAGAAAAAUUUAAGAAUAAGAGUUAUGUCUGCCGUUCUUCCACGCAUGUUGUCUACCUACUUAUUUGUGGUUGUGGUAUGCAAUACGUGGGAUGGACAGGGAAAAAAAGCUAAAGUAUGAUAUUUAGAAUAUCAAAAUAACAUUCAGAAAAAAAAUGGUUUCCCAUUCAAUACAUUUUCAUUGUAACAAAUGGCCCUAUUUUAAUCAUAUUUUUUAAUUUAUAAUUAUAGAAAAGGUAAAAUUAGAUGAAAGAGGAGCUGAUCUCAUGAUGAAAUUGAGAAGCAUUUUGAGCAUUCUGAUCUCAUGAUGAAAUUGAGAAUGAUUUUGGAUCCACAGAUAGCAGACUAUGCAACCAGAAGGCUUAAGUGUGGAUUUUGAUUUAAUUAGUUUUUUUUUUGUAAAACAUUUAUUUUCCUUACCUUUCCAGCUUCCACCUUUUAGCUUGGAAGUAUAUAAAAAUGCAAAAAAGUAUAUAAAACUAUAUUAGGUUGGAAGUAUAUAAAGUAUAUAAAACACUUUUAAAAUAUCAUGUACAGACCAGGUUAAAAAAAAAGAGUUUACCAGUUUUUUCAAUUUUUUUUACCUAGUGUGUGCAUGAUAUUUUAAAAGGUUUUAUUUAUAUAUAUAUAUAUAUAUAUAUAUAUAUAUAUAUAUAUAUAUAUUUAUGCAUUUUUAUAUACUUUUCUAUAUAGUUUGAUUAUUCAAUAAAUUAUACAUUUCUAAUUCUCCAGAAAGAGUAAUAUAUUUUAAUGAAUUAUUGGUGUUUUUGUUAAUAACUUUAAAGUUUGGUUUUUUUUUUUAGUAACCUUUAAGAACAUUUUUCUGCAAUUUUCAGAUAUUUUAACUUUUUUCCUGUUUUAUAGCUUCUUUGCAAUAUAUUUUAUAAAUGUUUAGGUCUGUUAUUUUUUUUCAUAGACAUUAUAUUGAUGUAUACUCCAAUGAUGUGGACCUUUUGGUAUGUUCAUUAGAUGUGUUAUGUAUGCUUUAAUGACCAAAUACCUAAUUUACAUAAUUUCAGUUUUUACUGUAAAUAUGAGUCCAAGGACUGUUAGAAUGAAAGGUUCUGAUUAUGUGCAAUGCAGCGUUCAAGCUGAAACUCAAACUGCAAGUGGAAGCCAAUGCACGAACCAGCUCUGGGAUGCACACAUGACCAGCAAUGUGAAAUGAGAACGAGGCUUGAAUCAGGGCUGAACAAGCUCUUAUAGUGAACAGGCUCCAAGUGGAUUGGCUGAUGGUGGCCCACUGGAAUACCCUAAUGGAUUUAAAUACCAUCAAAAUGCUAACUGGAGAACAUGCUGCUUUCCCAAAAGACUCGCACAUUGACUUAAACCUGGGGAAGUUCAAGUAAUUGAAAAGGACACCUAAGGCUGAGAACUCCUUUAUAUGUUUGUUUUAUGGUAUUCAUUUUUGGAUUUAUUAUUCAUGCGUUGUGCACUAUUGAUGGAGAAAUUAGGUACCCCUGAUUCAUGUGGAGAGUACAACUGGGGCCCAAUGCAUUCUUCAACUCAUGCCAUUGUGCUGAUGUGCUUUAACUUAUUGUUUAUCUUGUAUAUGUAACUUGUUUUACAAUUUGUGCUUUUAUGUGGAAGCUCUGCACUAUGAUUUCUUCCUUUCUUCUAAAUGUCCUAAAAUUAAAGUGAAGAGUCUGGUAUUUUGGCUUUUUAUCAGGAGUGAUUUAAAGUGAUAUGCCUUCAAUCAAAAGUGGUUUGUGAGUGAACUUGAUCCACUUAUAGUACCCUGGUCUAUUUACAGUACUGUCCUAUGAUUGCUUUUUCUAUGCUAUAUCAGUAGAUGUAUUUUGGUUUUGUUAUUUUUGUAUAGAUCAAAGUAUAUAGGGGUAAUUGUCAUUAGUGCCCACUCACAGUUUUUUCCACUGAUAUCAUAGGGUGUAUUUUUGUUUUUGCAUAUCUACUAUGGUAAGCAUCCUUUCACAUAUGGCUUGCAAACAGACAUAUGACUUUUCUUCAUCUACUAAUGUACUGAUAUAAGAAAUUAUGAUGAUGUAAAUAUAUAUGAAAUUAUUUACUCCUUAGUGUAUAAGGCAACUCCUGAGGAGGUUAAAUCCCAAGACAACUAUAACACUUAUGUGAUGAAAAUUCUGGAAAUCUUUAAAGCAGGUAAAUUAGAUUUUUUAUUUAUUUUUUUGUAAAUAUAAUUUUUAUUGUUUUAUCAAUGGUAAUGUUCAUAUUCUCAAGAAAUACAGAAAAUACAGUGCGGGGCUCGCAGGUCCCUUAUAUAACUAAGAGGAGAUAAUGUUGUGAUUUUCUAUGACUAUUGCACUAUAGUGAUGUCACGAAACCGGAUGCUGUCCAGGAGGUGGGAGGGUCUGGGAGGGAGGGUCUGCUGGAGAUUGGCCGGGAUGUGUCGUGGCGAACCGUGGCGAGCCGUUCGCGGAAAGUUCGCGAACGGUUCGCGACAUCACUAUUGCACUAUGGGGGCACACAGGCCCCAAGCAUCUGAGGACUCGCAGGUCCCUUAUUGAAUCACAUUUCCAGUAUAGCAAUGGUAGUUUAUUGCUGGGGUUUCGGUAUUCUCUCCCCGCUCUUUCCUUUUUGUGGGUUUGCUGUUUGUUAUUUUCUACUUAGGUAUAGCCCGGAAUUUCAGGUGUGUGUCAGCGCAGGGCUCAUAGGUCCCAAGAGGGCCAUGCAAGGGUUAGCGAUGGUCUUAUAUGGUGGUUAUACUUUUGGGCUUGCAGGCCUCUGUCAGUUAUGGACUCGCAGUAUCUUGCCUUGUGACACUCUGUUAUGUUUGCUUGGCGUGUCUCAGAUCUCAGGAUCUGCAUUGUGAUUCUCCUAAACUACCGCAUUGAGAGAGCCCUUCCAGCGGAUCUCUCUGGCUGGUCCAUGUUGCCCGGAUAGAGCAGUGUUCUGAGUGUAGGGGUAUAGUAGAAAGUGGGAAACAGGGUACAGGGACAGAUACUGGGGUGUCAGGGAGUUGUCAGUGUCUUGCGUCUUUGUUGUGAUCCGUCCAUGUCAUUCAGUACUGUAGCUUGUCAAAGUCUGGUUUCGUCGUCGUCAGCUGCCAUUGUGUCCAUGUGUUUAAAUAUGAUGGGUGUGUGUCCGCUGUGCUGGUGUGAACGUCCUCCAUUGAUCUUAGCUCCUCCAUUUGGGAGAACUAUGACCUCAGUGAGGGAGUUCCCGGUUGUUCCCAGUUUUGUGGGAUUACUAAUGUGGCUAUAUUCAGGAUGCAAAUCAUGAUAGAUUUCUUAUAGAGGGUUCUAGUGGUCUUGGAGUGAUGUAGAAGCAUUUCUGCUUCUUGCAUUCCCACCAGAUGUGGAGUGUGGCUUUCUCCUCGUCACAUCUCCAGUAUAAUGGGGAGUGAUCCGGGGUGAUCUUGUGUAGUGUUGAAGGAGUACAGUGCCAUAAGGUUAACAGUUUGCAUGCUGUCUCCUGUGGUUUGCUAAAACUAGAGCAAUGGUGUGUGAGGUAACAUAUUUUUCCCACUCUGCCUUGUCAAAUGUGCAGUCAAGGACUGUCUCCCAUUUCCCCAUGAAGCUUGGCUGUUCAGUAGGGGUAUGUGUCAGUACUAAAGAUUAUAUGAAGGAGACCCCAUGACCAAUGGGUCAGGGCCCAGACAAGUACUUUUAAAUAUGGUGGGGGCCCGGGAUAGUAUUGUCCCUUGUGGGAGUGUUGCAAUAAAGCUCUGUAAUUGUUUGUGUUUCAGUCGCAUAAGAAAGGUUAUGUUUGCAUCUCACCUCAUGUCAGCUAGUUUCUUAAUACCCUCUGUCGAGUAUACAUGUCCGAGUUGGGGUAAGAGGUCAUCUAUAAGUGUUUUGGAGGCGUUCUGGUCCAGUCCCAGCGGAAAGUCCAGGUUGUGUGUCAAUGGAAGUAGGGGAGAUGGGUAUGUUGAAAUAGUGUGUUUCCCAUGGCAUGAUGCCAUACCCAUAAGGUGGCUCUUGUGUACGAGGAGCAGUCUCACUCUCCCCCUGUGGCCGCAGGUGGUAGCCAUGGCAGCAAAGCAAUGGGGAUGCCCGCCUUACUCUCCCCUGCCUGUUUCCUUUUGUUUGAACCACUCCAUUAUCCGCAGGAGAUGGCAGGCCUUGUAGCAGAGGGAGAAGUCGGGUAUCGCCAGGCCACCCUUAUCUUUUGGUUGGAUUAGCAGGGUGAGUUUUAUUCUGGGUAUUUUCCCAUUCCAGAUGUAGUGAACACGAGACUGGGCUGGAGGGCAAGGACGAAGAGCAGCAAAGACUGGAGGGUGCCAUUCUGGAUUGCAAACUCGGCCGUCAGUGCCCCAUUAGCCACCACCUGAGCGAUCAGUCUUGUGCGUAAGGCCUUGAUCCAUCCCAGCAUCUUGGGGCUCAAACCGGCGUGUGCUAAAGUCCAGGAUAAGCAUUUCCAACAGACCCUGUCGAAGGCCUUCUCCGCGUCCGUGGAUAGCAGGAGAAGGGCCUCCAUCAGUGGGUGACAACCAUGAUGCUUGUCACGGGCCCGGCGGUCCUGGGGGGCCCGGACUGCUUUGGCAGGCAGAGCCCCACAAUUACUCUCUGCACAUAUAUAUAGCGAUGAUCGCUAUAUAUAUGUGCAGCCGCGGGCCCCCCCCGGCUCCCUGUAUUUGCAGAGGGGGCCCAGCGGACUGCAGGAGCACUUUACAGAUCUUCCCUCUCUCUAACUCCUGUGAGACGUGCGGCCAUUAGAGCGUUGCCAUGGUUUACCAUGGCAACGCUCCACGCGGCGUGCACACCACUUCUCGCGGGAGUUAGAGAGUGGGAAGAUCUGUAAAGUGCUCCUGCAGUCCGCUGGGCCCCCCUCUGCAAAUACAGGGAGCCGGGGGUCCAACCAUGCCACCGGACCACCAGGGAUGGAAUAUCCCCCCUCCCUGAACCAGGUAAGAAACAGGGAGGGGGGAAUAUCUUUCAUUACAUUACAUGCAUACACUAGUAAACACACACACUCUGCAGUGAGCCCCAAUCUGACACCCUGCUGAGUGCCCUCGGUAAUCUUUAACUAGCUACAUCAUCAGCUGUAUUUUGCCAGUACUACCUUCGCUGGACUAUUAUAGCAUGCAUAUCCAGCUUUUGUAUCUAUACUGGGCAUACUGAUCAUUUUAAUCUAAAGGCAUGCUUUGUUCAAGUGAUUGCAUAUAAAUGAUAAUUUAUAAUAAUUUGACAAUCGGAAGUUUUUGGACUUUUAUAUAAACAUGAUUUGGACUUUUAUAUAAACACCCCCUCCUUACCCUCCAACAUUUUAUUUUUCUCUGUGCUAUUAUUUUAGGAACCGACAUUGUGGAGCCAGAAGAUAAGCGAGAUUUCAUUAGCCAUGUCAAAUGCAAAGAUCUCUUAGAUUUGAAGACUGGAAAAAAUUAUCUAAUGUGGGGUGUUUCAACUGACCUUUGGCAAACAAAGUCUGGGUAAGUGAGUCACACAAUGAAUUGACCUCUGACAAACUUGAUUUCUAAAAUACAUUGAAAUAAAAGAAUAUCUUGCUUAGUAAGAUAAUCUGGGGGAUCUCAAGAUUAUUUUGUUUAUUUAGUUAUUUUUAAAUAUUGAUGUAUAGUUUUAUUGUGGAUAAUACCUGCCAAACUUGUUCAAGUUACACAUAACGAGAUAACCAGAUUACUCCAGAUCAGCUUAAACCAAAGCAUCGAAACAUGAAUAUUUUUAAUAUAAGCUGAAUAUUUUUAACUCAAAUGCAUAUAAAACACCGUUUAGAGUAACAAUUUCACGUAGAUAAAUACAUGAGUGUGUCUCAUCUAUCUCGUCCUCCAGUGCACGAAAUAAGCACUCCAAGCAACAUAACCACUAUAGUAACCAUAGAGUGCCCUGGCAGCAUUCCCCAUUUUAAUAUCAAACCCUCGAGAAAUAGGUUAGCUCAGCAAUCUCAGGAUAGGUGAAUUUAAUAUUAAUUAUAUGUAAGUGUUAAUUCCACAACAUCACCUUGGACGUAAAAACCCAAUGGCAGAGUAUAGGAUAUUUUAUACCCUACUAACCUCAACAUAUGAGGAAAGGGAUUUAGGGGUGAUUAUUUCAGAUGACUUAAAGGUAGGCAGACAAUGUAAUAGAGCAGCAGGAAAUGCUAGCAGAAUGCUUGGUUGUAUAGGGAGAGGUAUUAGCAGUAGAAAGAGGGAAGUGCUCAUGCCAUUGUACAGAACACUGGUGAGACCUCACUUGGAGUAUUGUACACAGUACUGGAGACCGUAUCUUCAGAAGGAUAUUGAUACCUUAGAGAGGGUUCAGAGAAGGGCUACUAAACUGGUUCAUGGAUUGCGGGAUAAAACUUACCAGGAAAGGCUAAAGGAUCUUAACAUGUAUAGCUUGGAGGAAAGACGAGACGGGGGGAUAUGAUAGAAACAUUUAAAUACAUAAAGGGACUCAACGCAGUAAAGGAGGAGACUAUAUUUACAAGAAGAAAAACUACCACAACAAGAGGACAUAGUCUUAAAUUAGAGGGGCAAAGGUUUAAAAAUAAUAUCAGGAAGUAUUACUUUACUGAGAGGGUAGUGGAUGCAUGGAAUAGACUUCCAGCUGAAGUGGUAGAGAUUAACACAGUGAGGGAGUUUAAGCAUGUGUGGGAUAGGCAUAAGGCUAUCCUAACUAUAAGAUAAGGCCAGGGACUAAUUAAAAGUAUUUUGAUAUAUUGGGCAGACUAGAUGGACCGAAUGGUUCUUAUCUGCCGUCACAUUCUAUUUUUCUAUGUUUCUAUCAGUGCAACUGAGAUGGGAAUGGUUCCUUUGUGCCAGAGGAGUUUAUUAUUAUUAUUUAUUUAUUUUUUACAGAAAACUGCUCUAAAAUGCUUUUAUAUUAAAAAGGUAAAAAUGGUGCAAUGUCACUCGAGUUAACAUAACCACUAUAGUAAGAAAGUAAUGGUUAAGUUGCUCAUAGUGCAAAUCAAGAUGGACAGCACCUGAUAGGAUACUACCCAUCACAAACAUUCUUUCAGAUUAAUUCGAUACCUGGGUCAAAAUAAAACAGAAAGAAAAACCUUAAUUUUCUAAAACACAAUACAUAAUGUUGUGAACAAAAUGUUAUUUGAAAAUGAAUUUUCACCAGACAAACACUAAACCCCUUGUUUUCUUUAGAUACAGCUAUAUCGUUGGCAAUGAAACAUGGGUGGAGUGGUGGCCAACGGACAUAGAAUGUCAGGAUAGAAAGAACCAAAAGCAAUGUGAUGACUAUUUCGAACUGUCCGAAACGUUAUCGGACUUUGGCUGUUCAUCUUGAAGAACCAGGAGUGUUUCUCUUUUAUAACAAGCAAAAUGAUCCCUAUUCCUCCUUCCCUAUCUAUGUUUUGUUUUAAUUUUGUAUGCCAUUAAAAACAUAUGCCCGAAAUGCCUCUUGUGCUUCUGCGUUAUUCUCAG